AUCUGUUCACUCUCAUCAAAUGCUUCUUUCCUACAUGUGACCACUUGGCCCUAACCAAAGCAAUAAACAUCACAUGCUCUUCAGUUCACAUUACAUACUUUAUGACUGAAUCACCAAAAGAAAUAGAAGACCUUAUUUUAUGUAACAGAAAAAAGUUAGCAUUCAUGAAAUACAUUGGAGUCUAUGAGCUAUGCAUUAAUGGUGUAAUUAUUAUUCAUAAUAAUAGUGAUGAGUUCUUUAACUUUGAUACUGCUUUAUUAGAGGCAGCACAAGCAAAACAAGCUGAAGUAAUAGAAUUUAUUUUCAAAAUAGAAUCUUGUAGUGAUGCUAUUAUCACUAAAAGCAUGGAAAAUAUACUAAUAACAUUACACUUUCAUCAAAAUCAUAUUGAUAGCAUCACAGAGAUACUUAUUAGCAAAUAUCCUGAUAAUUUGUGCAAAAAGGUAUUCACACUAGCUGCUCAAAGGGGAUUUAUUGAAAUAGUUUUAGAAUUCUUUCAAAAAAAAAUCAACCCAAAUACUCAAGACAAUGAUGGCAGGACAGCACUCAUGUCAGCUAGUCAAAAUGGUCAUCAACAAGUGGCUGAGUUACUCCUUAAUGAAAGGGCUGAUCCUAACAUUCAAGACAAUAAUGGCUGGACAGCCCUCAUGUUAGCUAGUCAAAAUGGUCAUCAACAAGUGGUUGAGUUACUCCUAAAUGAAAAGGGUGAUCCUAACAUUCAAAAGAAUAGUGGCUGGACAGCACUCAUGUCAGCUAGUCAAAAUGGUCAUCAACAAGUGGUUGAGUUACUCAUUAAUGAAAAGGCUAAUCCUAACAUUCAACACAAUGAUGGUUGGACAGCACUCAUGUUAGCUAGUCAAAAUGGUCAUCAACAAGUGGUUGAGUUACUCCUUAAUGAAAAGGCUGAUCCUAACAUUCAAAAGAAAAAUGGCACAACAGCACUCAUGUUAGCUAGUCAAAAUGGUUAUCAACAAGUAGUUGAGUUACUCCUUAAUGAAAAGGCUGAUCCUAACAUUCAAAAGAAUAGUGGCUGGACAGCACUCAUGUCAGCUAGUCAAAAUGGUCAUCAACAAGUGGUUGAGUUACUCCUAAAUGAAAAGGGUGAUCCUAACAUUCAAAAGAAAAAUGGCACAACAGCACUCAUGUUAGCUAGUGAAAAUGGUCAUCAACAAGUGGUUGAGUUACUCAUUAAUGAAAAGGCUAAUCCUAACAUUCAACACAAUGAUGGUUGGACAGCACUCAUGUUAGCUAGUCAAAAUGGUCAUCAACAAGUGGUUGAGUUACUCCUUAAUGAAAAGGCUGAUCCUAACAUUCAAAAGAAAAAUGGCACAACAGCACUCAUGUUAGCUAGUGAAAAUGGUCAUCAACAAGUGGUUGAGUUACUCCUUAAUGAAAAGGCUGAUCCUAACAUUCAAAAGAAUAGUGGCUGGACAGCACUCAUGUCAGCUAGUCAAAAUGGUCAUCAACAAGUGGUUGAGUUACUCCUUAAUAAAAAGGCUGAUCCUAAUAUUCAAGACAAUGAUGGCUGGACAGCAAUCAUGUCAGCUAGUAAAAAUGGUCAUCAACAAGUGGUUGAGUUGCUCCUAAAUAAAAUGGCUGAUCCUAACAUUCAAAAAAAUAGUGGCUGGACAGCACUCAUGUCAGCUAGUCAAAAUGAUCAUAAACAAGAGGUUGAGCUACUCCUAAAUGAAAAGGUUGAUCCUAACAUUCAAAAGAAUAGUGGCACAACAGCACUCAUGAUAGCUAGUCAAAAUGGUCAUCUUAAUGAAAAGGCUGAUCCUAACAUUCAAGACAAUGAUGGCUGGACAGCAAUCAUGUCAGCUAGUCACUUAAAUGGUCAUCAACAAGUGGUUGAGUUACUCCUAAAUGAAAAGGCUGAUCCUAGCAUUCAAGACAACGAUGGCUGGACAGCACUGAUGUUAGCUAGUAAAAAAGGUCAUCAACAAGUGGUUGAGUUACUCCUUAAUGAAAAGGCUGAUCCCAACAUGCAAGACAAUAGUGGCUGGACAGCACUCAUGAUAGCUAGUCUAAAUAGUCGUCAACAAGUCAUUGAGUUACUCCUUAAUGAAAAGGCUGAUCCUAACAUUCAAAAGAAUACUGGCAGUACAGCACUUAUGUUAACUAGUCUAGAUGGUCAUCAACAAGUGAUUGAGUUACUCCUUAAUGAAAAGGCUGAUCCUAACAUUCAAGACAAUGAUGGCUGGACAGCACUCAUGAUAGCUAUAAAAAAAGGCCAUCAACAAGUGGUUGAGUUACUCCUUAAUGAAAAGGUUGAUCCCAACAUGCAAACAAUAGUGGCUGGACAGCACUCAUGAUAGCUAGUCUAAAUGGUCAUCAACAAGUGGUUGAGGUACUCCUUAAUGAUAAUGAUAAAGUUGAUCUUAAUAUUCAAGAAAAUGAUGGCAGUACAGCACUCAUGUUAGCUAGUAUAAAAGUUAUCAACAAGUGGUUGAAUUACUCCUUAAUGAAAAGGCUGAUCCUAACAUUCAAAAGAAUAAUGGCAGUACAGCACUCAUGUCAGCUAGUGAAAAUGGUCAUCAACAAGUGGUUGAGUUACUCCUUAAUGAAAAGGCUGAUCCUAACAUUCAGUAGUACAGCACUCAUGAUAGCUAGUAAAAAUAACCAUCAACAAGUAGUUGAGCUACUUUCUGCUACUAAAAUUAAUGAAAGAAAAUGAAGGACAUGGCAGCCAAGCUAAUUCCCAACAUGUCAUUGAUAAACUAUAUUAAAAAAAUAAUGUAAGACUAUAAUCAAUGAUGAUGAUUACAUUUAAGCCAGAAUUUCAAGUUCUAAGUUAAGAGCAGUCUAAAGUCAUUACAAUAGGAUCAAUAUCUGAAUCAAUAAACAAUUUUUUUAAUUAGAAUUAUUUAAACUCAGUUGUUAUUGCUGGUCACAGUUGGUAGCUGUUAUUUAGUCAUCUUUCCAUUCAAUUUA